AUGGCUGAAAACGCGGUCGGCCUCACCACGGCCAAGGUCGUCGAGCCCGUCGUCGAGUCCGCCAUCGAAGAAAAGGCUCACCAUAAUGUCGCGUCCGUCGGCGUGAGCGGCGAUGCGGACUCCAGCCCUGCGUCUCUCGAGGCCGGCAACGUUCCCGACAGCGACGACGAGCUGUAUCCCCCCCCGACUGCGGACGAGCGCAAGAUGCUCCGGAAGGUCGCCGACUCGAUCCCCUGGAUCUCGUGGACGCUCUGCAUCGUGGAGAUGGCGGAGAGAGCCUCGUACUAUGGCGUCAAGGCCGUGUUCAACAACUAUCUCCAGUUCCCGCUUCCGGAGGGCGGUCCCGGCACCGGUGCGAUUGACAAGAGCAAGCCCAACUCACAUGCCGGAGCUCUCAACAUGGGUCUGCAGGCUUCCUCGGCACUGGGUCUGCUCUUCACGUUCCUGGCGUACGUCAUUCCCAUCUUCGGAGCCUGGAUUGCCGACACCAAGAUCGGUCGCUACAAGGCCAUUCUCCUCGGUGUCAUCAUCGGGGCCGUCGCUCACGUUAUCAUGGUUGGAGGCGCCGCACCGGCAGUCUUGCAGGCAGGCAGGGGAGUGGCUCCCUUCUUGAUCUCCUUCUUCCUUUUGGCCUUUGGAGCCGGCAUCUUCAAGCCCAAUGUCCCGCCCACUGUCCUCGACCAGUACAAGCACCAGCGUGAGUAUACCAAGGUUCUCAAGUCGGGCGAGAAGGUCCUCGUCGAUCCCGAGACGACGGUGAGCCACAUCAUGCUCAUCUUCUAUGCGUUCGUCAACGUUGGCGCCUUCUUCUCCAUUGCUGUCGUUUAUAUCGAGAAGUACCACAGCUUCUGGCUUGCGUUCCUGGUGCCUGGUAUCGUCUACUUCCUGCUACCGCUCCUGCUGGCUUUUACCUACAAAAGAACAAUCCGUGUUGCCCCUCAGGGAUCAGACCUGAACCGAUUCACCAAGAUCACCGUUUCAGCACUCAAGAAAUCCAAGGGCAAUCUGUUCUCCAGGACCUUUUGGGAGGAUAUUUCUCCUUCUACACUGGCCCAAACAGGUCACAUCGCUCCGUAUUCAGAGAAGGAUGUCGAUGAUGCCAAGCGAACCUGGCAAGCCGUGCAGAUCUUCUUGUACAUUCCCAUCUGGUACAUGAACGAUGGUGGUGUCGGUAGCAUCCAGAGCAACCAGGGAGCUGCCAUGACCAGCGAGGGAGCCCCUAACGAUCUUCUCAACAACUUCAACCCUCUGACCAUUCUUGUCAUUUCCCCCUUCAUGGCUCAUAUUGGUUAUCCUUUCCUCGCGGCCCGGGGAAUCAAGUUUGGCCGUAUCUCGCGAAUGACCUUUGGUUUCUCCCUGGCUAUUGUAUCAGCUUUGAUUGGCGCCCUUGUCCAAUGGCGCGUAUACGAGACGAGCCCAUGCGGCUAUGAGGCUAGUACUUGUGACGACGUAUCACCCAUUAGCAUUUGGUGGCAGCUGCCCAACGUCAUCCUGGGCGCCGCCUCCGAGAUCUUCGUCAACGUCACUUCCUACGAACUCGCCUACUCCCGCGCCCCGGAGCACAUGCGUGCGACGGUCAUCGCCAUCUUCCUCUUCAUGGUGGCCCUGAGCAGCGCCCUCGCCCAGAUCCUCCUCCCGUCCCUCAUCGACCCCCAUCUGAUCUGGGCCUGGGCCGCCCCCGGCCUCGUUCUCCUCGUGCAGACCGUCAUCUUCUGGUGGAGGCAUCGCGGGAUCAACGAGGACGCCUUCAUGACGUACGAGGAGGACUUUAAGAAGCCGAUCAUCGAGGAGGAGAGGAAGGGUGAGGAGGUCAAGAUUUGA